AUGCAGCAGUUCGCUCCGUACAAUGACGGUAGUAUUUGUUCCUGUAAAACAGAACCAACGACGUGCAAUAUUAGAUCCGGGAUUUUUAAAACCGAACAUGACGAUUCCGAUUUACAGUCACAUAGAGUCCUAGAAUUCGCUAUACCUGGAUUUCUUGUCGGUUGUUACAAUAUUGAGGCAAUGUUUGCAUCUACAUUCGAAUGUUACUACAGUCAAUCAUGUCUGAAUACGAUUUCGAAUCUGCUUUAUUCAAUCUCUCUAUCUCCAUUCACAGCUAUGAAUUAUUCCACAGGAACCUCACGCUACAAUGUAACAACAUCGAUCAAAGAUAUUGUACAGCAACUAAUGGUUGAACAAUGGAAUAAUAAGACGUCUUUCGAUGCAUACUUCAAACGAUGUAAACCAGAGUCAUGCGUGUAUACGUACAGCAAACGGGUUAAUCUGAUCUAUGUUCUAACGACAACAAUUGGAUUGAUCGGCGGUUUGACGACAGUGCUUCGAAUAUUUGUACCGUUCAUUAUCAAAUCUAUUCGUCGAAAAAAACGAAUUGUAACAGUCAGCGAUAGCGAUAACAAUGGUAAUAGUUUUCUAACAUCACCUGAAUGGCUAGAAAUUGAUUAUAAUUACACUGGCAACCUGCAUGCUGAUUAUCCAUCGUUUCAAACACCGUUGAACGAUUUUCGACAAAUUGCCUCACCAUUCGGCCAAUUAUUAUCUUCAUUCUGUCAACUGUCCACUGAAACAUUUGACACAAAUUUUCUAAUAUUCAAUUAUACUAUAUUGAUUACACCAAACCUGAUUACUAACGAUCAAUUUCAAUUGCAAACUAUUGGAUAUAUCAAUCAAUUUGUACAAAAUACUGCAAGAUCCUUAAACAGUUCUCUACGUAUUAUCAAUACUCUGAUACAAUCCAAUCAGUUCAUAUCUGGUUUGGCAACAGAUUCAAUUUUAACUAUCGAUCCGCACUACAAUCGACACUACGAUACACAAAUUUAUGAUUAUGAUAUACAAUAUGUUUAUGAUCGCCUUGAUCAAGAAUAUAAUUCUACAUUACAAGGAAUUGAAUGCAGUUGUCAGUUAACACCAUUAUGUGUACAACAGGCAGUAAUCUAUGAUCUAAGCUUAUUUGCACCAACACAUGGUGCAAAUUCGACAACAGUUCUUUUUGCAAUACCAGGUAAAGAAAGAAAACUACACUUUCCCAGAGAAGUAAAAGCUGCGAGUACUAAAGCGCAAGAAGGAACAAAACUCAACGCCCUAAGAUAUAUAUCUUAG